GUGGACGUAGAAAUUUCGUCAGCGCUCGACGGGAUAUCUGCACAUCUUCAGUGGGGAAUCAAUCACGAUCAAUAGAACUUCUCCCACUCUGUCACACACACCAACUUCAACAUUCAUCUGGUUCGAGGGUAGAGAAGAGAGGUGAGAGGUCCGAGAGAGACAGCGAGGGUGCGUGCGGUGACAUGAUGGCUCAAGCACUGGUCGGAGCCUUUUCCUCUUUGACCCUCUGGCCUCCUUCAACCAGCAAUUCCAGCUGCGGCAGAACCCAGUUUCGCCGGCAGCAGCCUCUCCUUCUCCGACGCUCUGCCCAAGCUCUUGCCAUCCAUCCCCGACGAACGGCUAAAAUUGUUGCCUCCAGCACGAGAGUUCAUUGCUCUGGUAAAGAUGACAACAGCGUCACGGUUGUGAGGGAGGGGAGCGUCUCGGUCAUUCUUUUGGCUGGAGGGAAGGGCAAGAGGAUGGGCGCGAGCAUGCCAAAGCAGUAUCUUCCACUUCUUGGCCAGCCAAUUGCUUUGUACAGCUUUUAUACAUUUUCACAGAUGAGAGAGGUGAAGGAAAUUAUUGUAGUUUGUGAUCCAUCGUACAAAGACAUAUUUGAAGACACCAAAGAGGAGAUUCAAGUGGAUCUUAAAUUUACGCUGCCUGGGAAGGAGAGACAGGAUUCUGUGUACAGUGGCCUUCAGGCAGUUGAUAGUGGGUCUGAGCUUGUCUGCAUUCAUGAUUCAGCAAGACCUCUCGUAUCACAUGGAGACAUAGAAAAGGUACUUAAAGAUGGCUGGGAAAAUGGAGCUGCUGUUCUUGGGGUUCCUGUUAAAGCUACCAUCAAAGAGGCAAAUAGUGAAUCAUUUGUUGUGAAAACUCUGGAUCGAAAAACACUUUGGGAGAUGCAAACACCUCAGGUGAUCAAGCCUUCGCUGCUUAAGAGAGGCUUUGAACUAGUCAAUAGAGAAGGCCUUGAAGUGACUGAUGAUGUAUCUAUCGUGGAGCACCUCAGGCAUCCUGUAUAUGUCACUGAAGGAUCUUACACCAACAUCAAGGUCACAACUCCUGAUGAUCUGUUACUAGCUGAGAGAAUAUUGAACAUUGACGUCGGAGAGCCAUCACCAUAGAAACUUCAGACUGAGCUGUUUGACGAUUUAUCCAAAAUCAAAAUGGAGCUCCUCAAAUUUAAAUGAUGUUAUUCUUGCAGCAAGAAGUUCCAAGUGGCGGGACAGCAGCUCAAAGAGUGCCUUUGGUAGCAACACUUGAGCUUGAUGCAACUUGAUGGGCUUGAAUGGUUUAAUGAGCCGAAUAAUGGUGAAUAAACAUGAGAGGGAAAUGUUACACGGGGGAGUCCCUCCUCAAUUUUAGGCAUCUUGGUUUCAUGGGAAAAAACGCAGAUGUCUCUUUGAAUGUGGAAACAUAUUUCGACAUUGACACUUGCAAGGAAUAAUUUACAUGAUAUGCCAGCAGCA